GAGGAGUGAAGGUCUACUUCAUUUGCGCUCCGUAACUUUUUUUUCCAAAUCCGUUCUUCCAGUCACUUUUUCGAAUCUGCUUUUUAAGAAUAAGAAAUAUGUGAGUGUUUCUAGAACGUGAAGUGAAUUGGAAAAUGUCUUAGACUAUUUACAUAAACUGUGGAUGUACCUGCAGCGACAAACGAACGAAUGACUACGUGAAACAAUAUAGGCCUAUUGAACGGAAGGAAAACAAAAGAAAAAAAUUCACAAUGCUACUAUAGAACAGAACCUACAGCCACAUCUAAGAAGAACAAUAAUUUCAUGAGAAACAUGGUGUAGCCUGGGACUAUACCAAGAGGGAAGAUGCCGUGCAGAAAUUCCAGCGUUUUGGUUGUUAGUUUGCAGUGUGUGGAAAAAUGUGCAGUUUCACAGUAUGCAAAUGAAAAUGUGAAUAGUGAAAUCUUUUGUCUAUGAAGUGUAGCUUAGUUCUUUGGAAUUGAUGUGUAGACAUUUAACUUCUAGGAAAAUAUAUCCUUAUUUAUUAAUAGCACAAGCUGAUGUAGAAUGCAAAUAGAACCAGAAAACAAAAUAUGUAUUAUCUGGACUUUUGACGUUGGAUGAUAACUGAACUGUAAUUAUUUAUUGCCAAUACAACAAAAAUAUUGCUGGUUCUAGUAAGUGUUGAGGUGUGUAAAACACAUCAAUAAUAUAUGUGUUAACCCUCUUGUGUAACUGUGGUGUUUUUGGACCUGGUGGAAAUGGCCAGUUGGUACCCUGACAUAGAGAUGGAAGAGAUGCGAGGUGAUGCCAAAGGAUAUGGUAAAGAGAGAGGUGCAGGACCCAGUAGUGGUGUGCGAGGAUGUAUCCGCCCCCGGCACUAUACAACAUCUUACCGGGAUACGGGAGAGAUCAAGUUCUGCAUUUCUGAAUAUAAGCAUGAUGCAUUCCAGAUGAUGCUGUUGAUGAAGAGCAAUCAGAUGCUGACGGACGUGAAGUUGGAGGUUGGCAGAGAAAUCUUCCAUGGUCACAAAAUCGUCCUAGCAGCUGCCAGUCCUUAUUUCAAGGCAAUGUUUACUGGCGGACUGAGGGAGUGUGAGAUGGACACUGUGAAGCUACAAGGAGUAUGUCCGACAGUCCUGGCUCACCUCCUGUGCUUUAUGUAUACCGGUGAAAUCGUCAUUAAUGAGAUGCUUGUCUGCCAGCUUCUACCAGCUGCAACCAUGCUACAGAUGAGCCAUGUCAUUGACGCCUGCUGUACCUUCCUAGAGCAGCAGCUGGAGGCAGGGAAUGCCAUAGGUAUUGCCAGCUUUGCCCAACAACAUGGUUGCAUGGACUUGUACCGCAAAGCCAAUACUUUCAUUGAGCAGCAUUUUUCUGAGGUAUCCAUGGAAGAUGAAUUUUUGCAGUUAUCAGACUGUGAAUUAGUUCACCUAAUUCAAAGGGAUGAAUUGAAUGUACCUGAUGAGAAAGAUGUAUACAAUGCAGUGCUGAAGUGGGUGAGGCAUGAUGAAGAGACGCGGCAACCAAAAAUGGAGCAGAUCUUGCAGGCUGUCAGAUGUCAGUAUUUAUCACCGCGAUUCUUGACAGAGCAGAUGAAAAACUGCAGGCUUUUGAAGAAGGCUCCGGCAUGCAGGGAAUAUCUUGCGAAAAUCUUUAAGGACUUAACAUUGCACAAGCCUCCCUGCCAAAAGGAACGAACGCCGAAUGCUCCGUGUGUCAUCUACAUUGUAGGAGGGUAUUCCAACCAGCAGUCAUUGGAUACUCUAGAAUGUUAUGACGUUGAGGACCAUCAGUGGACACAGCUCUCAAAACUUCCAGUUGCAAGGUCAGGUCUUGGUGCAGCGUAUUUGAGAGGAAUCUUCUAUGCGGUGGGAGGAAGAAACAUUCUCCCAAACGGAAACUAUCAUGACAGCAACUGGGUGGACUCCUUUAACCCCAUUAGCAACUGUUGGAGACAGAUGUCUCGCAUGCACACGCCACGCAACAGAUUAGGGGUGGCAGUGCUGGAUGGACAACUGUAUGCUGUUGGUGGAUCAAAUGGUGCACGAUUUCACAGUAGUGUUGAGAAGUACGACCCUGAUGACAACACUUGGGCCUUAGUGCGACCCAUGUCAAAGGCACGGAUGGGUGUUGGUGUAGCGGUGGUGAAUAGAUUAAUGUAUGCAGUAGGUGGCUAUGAUGGGGAACAUCGUUUGAAUUCUGUGGAGUGUUAUCAUCCAGAAAAUAACCAGUGGACUUUUGUUUCAUCCAUGAAAAUACCCCGAAGUGGUGCUGGUGUGUGUUCUCUUAGAAACUGCAUAUAUGUGAUAGGGGGUUAUGAUGGACGCCAUCAGCUCUGUUCUGUGGAAAAGUAUGAUACUGAAACGGAUGUAUGGUCAUCUGUAGCAUCAAUCAAGAUUCCAAGAUCGGCUAUGACUGUAUCUGUAUGGGAUGGUAAAAUAUUUGUUAUGGGUGGCUAUGAUGGCAGCCAAUUCCUGUCAUCGGUGGAAGUUUAUGAUUAUCAUCGGAACGAGUGGUCGGAGUGUAAACCUCUACCGUGGGGCAGAUCUGGCCAUGCAUCAGCGUCAUCCUUUCAUCCAUGCCUCCUGCACUGCGAUGCGAGAUAGCACUGAUACUUUUUUU